ACAGGCGGAUCAAUUUGUUGUUACAGCCAGUACCAACGAAUGCUGAGUACUUUAUCACAGUGUGAAUUUUCAAUGGGAAAAACUCUUCUGGUGUAUGAUAUGAACCUGAGAGAAAUGGAAAAUUAUGAAAAAAUCUAUAAGGAUAUAGAAAAUAGUAUAACUGCAGCACAUGAGAAGAUUUCUGAAUGCAAAAAACAAAUCCUGCAAGCAAAAAGGAUUCGAAAAAAUCGCCAGGAAUACGACGCAUUGGCCAAAGUCAUACAACACCAUCCAGACAGACAUGAAACAUUGAAACAGCUAGAAGCCUUGGGAAAAGAACUGCAACAUCUUUCUCACAUUAAAGAAAACGUUGAAGAUAAGUUGGAGCUGAGAAGAAAGCAGUUUCAUGUUCUCCUGAGCACCAUCCAUGAGCUUCAGCAAACCCUGGAAAAUGAUGAAAAACUUUCAGAAGCUGAAGAAUCUCAAGAAACUCAGAUGGAAACAGAGACCAAACAGUAGAUGUAAGAUGAAGACUGACUAUAUUAAAGAGUGUCCAAGUAUCUUCACUUUAUGUUGAAACCAACAGUAAGAGAGUGCCGAAAAAUAGUUUUCUACUGCUUCUGUGAAUUUUUAUACAAAAAUAUUUGUUCUGCUUAUGCUUCAGGGGAAAUCAGUUCCAGAUCUGUGCAGACAGACACUUUGUGUUAAUCCACAAACUUUGAAAUUUGUGACAAGAAAUAUAUUUUGUUUUACAAAGGAUGAAGCUUCUGCAUAGUACUUGCAAACUAAGGUGUUUGCAAACCGUUGCCAAUAAAAGGUGUUUA